AUGAUGAUACCAUAUCCCUCCAUCUCGCUGGCUUCUUGGGGUUUUUUUUUUUUUCUCUUUUCCCAGAAAUUGUAUUUUGAAGACAACUAAAAGGAGAACGUGUUCUGGGUGUGGCUGCAUGUGAUUUACCCAAUAGCCAAAGUGGGGGGGCGCCGAAGGGGAAAAACAGAGCGUCUGCUGCUGAAGGGAGUGGAAGCUGAGGGCUGCAGCAUGAAGACCUCUGGAACCUGUAUACUGUUUUGUGUCUUAACACUCUUCUUGUCCCCAGCUGACUGGUUUCCAUGGAUGGUCAAUGGGCAAGAACCAGAAACUGCUACUGGUGGAGUUACCCCUGACAGCUCUGGUGCAGCUGCCACACCACCUGUGCCUCUUCCUCCUGUUCAGUCUGACAGUGAAGCGACAACGGCUUCAUCAGACUGCCGUGAGGAAAAGUUCCCCUGCACACGCCUGUACUCUGUUCACAAGCCAGUAAAGCAGUGUAUCAGCUACCUCUGUGUUACAAGUGUGCGUCGCAUGUACGUAAUAAACAAGGAGGUGUGCACUCGCAUUAUCUGCAAGGAGAACGAGGUCAUGCAAGAUGAGAUCUGUCGCCAGCUGGCUGGCCUUCCUCCUCGACGCCUCCGCCGGUCCGGGCAGCCCCUGCCUCUCCCCUGCAGACAGCUCCUGGAGCAGCAGCGCAGGCCUGAUGCUCUGUGA